UGCGGCGGGGCGGGCGCUGCUAAUUCCAUUGUGGAGCGGACGCGGCGAUAUUUGUAACUGGCGGCGGCGGCGGGAGCCGUAAGUGCAGCCGGGCCGGGGCCGCCGCGGGCGCGGGGCGGGAGGCGGCGAUGCGCCCGGGCGGCGGCUGCCGGGCCGCCGAGGGAGCCGCCCGCUGAGCCGGCGCGGUCCGGCUGGCUGGCGGGCGGGCGGGCGGCGGGUCCCGCAGCCCCUCUGGGCCGCGCCUCCUCUCCGGCCCGCCUUCCCGGGGGAUGAAACUCGGCAGCGGCUUCCUCGGCGGCGGCAAGAGGGCGGCGGCCAUGGAGCCGACGUUCCCCCCCGGCAUGGUGAUGUUCAACCACCGCCUGCCCCCGGUCACCAGCUUCGCCCGGGCGGCCGCGCCCCCCGCGGCGGCCCAGCACCCCCCGCAGUGCGUGUUACCUCCGGCCGCCGCCGCCGCUUCCUCCACGGCGGCGGGCGAGCCCCCGGCGCCUCCGCCCCCGCAGGACGUGACUUUCAAGAAGGAGCCGGCGGGGGCUUUCCCCUCCGCACCCUCCUCGCAGAGGAGCCCCUGGGGCUUCCUGCAGUCCCUGGUGAGCAUCAAGCAAGAGAAGCCCAGCGAGCAGGACGAGGAGCAGCAGUCGCAGCACCAUCACCACUACGGGGGGCUUUUCGGGGGAGCGGCGGAGGAGAGAGCCCCCGGCCUGGGCAGCGGCGAAGGAACCGGCCAGAGCGUGAUCCAGGACCUCAGCCUUCUUCACCACCUGCACCAGCAUCCCCACCGAGACCUGCUGCUGACUGGCAGAGGCGAGGGCGCUCCAGGGAGCGCGGGUGAGCCAAAGCACGACGCCCAGGUCAAGAAGGCGAAGAGGCCAAAGCCAGAAACUCAGGGAAUCAAAGCCAAGCGGAAGCCGAGCGCUUCAUCCAAACCCCCCCUGGUGGGAGAUGGGGAAGGUGCCGUCGCGUCCCCCAGCCAGAAACCUCACGUCUGCGAACACUGCAGUGCUGCCUUCAGGAGCUCCUAUCACUUGCGCAGGCACGUGCUCAUCCACACCGGGGAGAGGCCUUUCCAGUGCAGCCAGUGCAGCAUGGGCUUCAUCCAGAAGUACUUGCUGCAGAGACACGAGAAGAUCCACAGUAGGGAGAAGCCUUUUGGGUGUGACCAGUGUAGCAUGAAGUUCAUCCAGAAGUACCACAUGGAAAGACACAAGAGGACGCAUAGUGGAGAAAAGCCAUACAAAUGUGACACUUGUCAGCAGUAUUUUUCGAGGACUGAUAGACUCUUAAAGCACAGAAGAACAUGUGGUGAAGCCAUAGGUAAAGCAGGGGCUGGAAUGGAGCCCGGAUCAUCAAAUAGCAUGGGUAGCUUGGCUGCAUUGUCUCAGGGAAAUACAAGUUCCUCAAGGAGAAAAAGUAAAACAAAAAAUACAUCCACUGAAAACAAAGGAAGCAAGUGUAGCAGCAAAAUCGCUGAAUCUCAAGUUACAAGUAAUGUGGCCAUGCCAAGUUAUGCAGUUGAUAUUCCUAUUGUGUCUUCCAGUGGUGGUCUAGUUGGCACGGGCGUAGAAGAACUUCAGAAAAAGGUGCCAAAAUUGAUCUUGAAAAAAGCGAGCAGAAAACAAGGAGACAAAAAUUACCUUAAUUUUGUAUCACCACUGCCAGAUAUUCUGGGGCAAAAACCACUGUCUGGGAAACAGAGUGGCUCUCUAGGCCUAGUAGCCAAUACCGGUGUAGAAUCUAUUGGCCUUCUCCAAAGUACAGGUGGUAAACCGGGUCAAAUAAGUAGCAAUUAUGAUGAUGCCAUGCAGUUUUCAAAGAAAAGAAGAUACUUGCAAACUGCAAGCAGUAACAGUGCCUUUUCACUCAAUGUCGGACACAUGACUUCCCAGCAGUCCGUCAUCCAGUCUCCAGGUGUUAGCGUUAUGGAUAACGAAGCUCCUUUAUCUCUCAUUGAUUCAGCGUCUUUAAAUAAUGAAAUAAAGUCUUGCCACGACAAGUCUGGUAUUCCUGAUGAAGUCUUACAGAGCCUUUUGGACCAGUACUCUCACAAAUCGGAAGGCCAGAAAGAAGAUCCUUUCAGUAUAACUGAACAGCGUGUGGACUUGCACACCUCAGGAGAACAUUCGGACAUGGUUCAGGAAGAAAACUUGAGCCCUAACUCUCAAACGGUUUCAAAUGAUAAGGCAAGCAUGUUGCAAGAAUACUCAAAAUACCUCCAACAAGCCUUUGAAAGAACAACCAACAGCACUGGUUUUGCUUUUGGACCCAGUUUCCAGUUUGUUAGCUUGUCUUCAACUCUCCAUAACCACACUCUGUUUCCAGACAAGCAGAUAUACACUACAUCUCCACUUGAGUGUGGCUUCAGCCAAUCCGUUACCUCAGUAUUGCCAACUGCGUUGCCAAAACCUCCAUUUGGGAUGUUGCUUGGCUCUCAGCCAGGCUUUUAUUUGUCUGCUUUGGAGGCUUCGCAUCAACAGUUGACUCCUUCUCAAGAGCUGGAUGAUCUCAUCGAUCCGCAGAAAAACUUAGAGACUUCAUCGAACUACCAGUCAACAUCUCAGAAACUGACUGGUCAGAAGGAACAGAAAAACUUAGAAUCCUCAACGAGCUUUCAGAUCCCAUCUCAGGAGUUAACCAGCCAGAUAGAUCCUCAGAAGGACAUAGAGCCUAGAGCAACCUACCAGAUCGAGAACUUUGCACAAGCGUUUGGUUCUCAGUUCAAGUCGGGCAGCAGGGUGCCAAUGACUUUUAUCACUAACUCUAAUGGAGAAGUGGACCAUAGAGUAAGGACUUCAGUGUCAGAUUUCUCAGGGUAUACAAAUAUGAUGUCUGAUGUAAGUGAGCCAUGUAGUACACGAGUAAAAACCCCAACCAGCCAGAGUUACAGGUAAGGUCCUGACUGUGACCAGGCUGUGGGGUCUUCUUAAUGUAAUUUGUUUUACUUUGACAACACUGCCAUUGGAAUGUUUCUACACGGUCCUUUUAAGAAUAAUGUAACAUGCCCUUUCAAUGCAACUUUUCAUAUUUAGUUUAUUUUGUUAGUGUGAUUUUUUUUUUAGCUCUGUUUAUUAUGGUUUUUAAUCAAAAAUCAAUAGUUUUAAAAUAGCGUUUUUGUUCAAGUGACAAUGUUUAGCAAUCAAAUUUACAUUAUGUAGAUUGUCAGGGAAUAGCCCAAGAUUUUAAAAUGCAAAAAAUUAACUUUGUUCCUAGGACUAAAGUUUAUUCUAAUUGCUUUACUCUCAGGAAAGUGUAAUGAAGCAUGGGAAUUCUAUGCACCGCAAGUGUAUUGGAACUUCCAAUUUACAGAUGAUGGCAAAUAUAUCUCAGCUUUUUGAGGAAGGGAUCUUUGACAUUUCAAAUUGCUGUCUCUUACGUCAGCUGAUCUGAAAGAAUUUUGCUACCUAAAUCUUGUUGUUUUUAAAGUACUCCUGUUCUUCCAGGUGAUGCUCAUUCCAGGCAGGUGGAGCAAAUAUUCUCGGGUCUGCACGAUGAGCCCAGCACGGUAGCUUUAAUCUGAACAGUAACGUCCCCAGAACUUCUGUGUAAGACUGUAAUUCCGUAAAGAGAUUCUGUUGACACAAACCGUGAGAGCAAAAUGUGUGCAGCUGGUUCAUGUCAUCAGAACCCCAACUUGAACCUACAGUCCUAAUCCAGAUAGGGUUUUGGGAUACGUUACUUGUUACACACGGUUCAAAAAAGUCCAUCUCCUGCUCUUCCCCUUUUCACAUUCUUUUAGUGUAAAGAGUUCCCUCUAUUUUAUUGUGUUCCUCUUGGUUGUCUACCUGCCCCCCCACCCACCUCCCCUUCCCCACCCCCUUUUUUUUCCCCUUUUCCCCUCCUCUCUCUCAUCCCAAUGUAAUAGCUAGCAUUUAAAAAGAUUUACAUUCCAGAAAGUGCAUAUCUUAUGAUGUGCUUUCUGAUGUCUUUUGACAUCAGGUGAUGAACAAUGAACACCCACCUGUUUUAGAAUGAUGUCGAGGUUUCCAUGUACGAUAAGAAAUAAUCUACUCCUAACUGUACAUAGUGAGGCCCCUAUCCUGCAUCAGGAUCAGCUACCACGGACCCCUGUGCCCAGCAGUGUCCCGGUGGUGUCACUGGAGCUCUUUACAGAGAGAGGGGCUUGCAGCAGUUCAUCAUGGCAGGCUUUUAGGGCCUAAGGCUGCAAUUCCAUCAAAGGAUUCUGGUGAUGGCAUCAACUACAAAAGUAGAACUUGAGUGGCUUGUUAAUAUCAACAGAACUUUUCAUUGGAAUUAUUGCCUUACUUUAUGUAUAUUUUGUGGUACAUUAUUUAUUAUAUGUGAAUCCUGAUGAAUGCCUGUGGAGCCAUGGAAACCUGCUAGAAAUACUGGUGGCCAUUCAAAGCUGCUGAAACGCAGUGGCACUGCUCUAAACCACUUUUUGCAAAUGAAUUUUUUGAUUAGUUUUUUAAUGUAAUUUUUGGUGAUGUUUAUGAUGAUGGUUUUUUAUGUACUCUUGGUGAUGUUUCAGUCUUAUGUACUUUUCUGUUGUCAGGAAGGUACCAGUGGUUGUUUGCAGUCUUAUUGUGUAAUCAGCCUAUUACAGGCUUCCAUGUAUAAUAAAGUUAUUAACAUUGUGCAAGUGUAAAACACUUCUGUUAUGAAAGUGGUGUAUUAUUAAAGGAAUUGUUACAAAAAUCCUGGGUAAUUUCUCCUGUUGUCCCUCACCACUAUGAAUAGAAAUCUGAGCCCAUUCGUGAUCUCUUUUGCUAGUAAACUUUUUUUUCCCCCCCCCUCACUAACCUAGAGUUUGUUCUCAUAGAAUCUGUGUAACUCCAUUAACUUUUUAUUUAUACUUGAAUCUGUAUUCCAUGCUAUUUCAGUUUAAAUAAUCAAACAACAACUGUUCUCUAAACACAGAACCCAGCCUGUUAUCAGGGAUGGAAUAGUCCGUAACCACUGUGUUGGCUUUUUUAGUACCUUUUCUUUUGUUUUACAGAGGUUAUAAUUUACAUUCUUUAUAUUGUGUGUAGUAGAAGUUACAUAUGUAUUGUUCUGGCUGUUUGCUUUAACUUAAUAAAACCCAUUAUUCACAAAAUCAUAAAGGCAUCACUUCUAUUAUCCAAUCAUGCUUUUGAGGACUUAGUAAGGAAACAUUAGGAGAUUAAAUUUUGAGAAGGAAUUUACUGGAAGGUUUUCAGUUCGUUUUCUUGAGUUUCCUUUGGAGUGAAAUAAUCAAAGUGUGCUAUUUUAGACACCACGCAUGUAAUUUAUACCUUUAGCUUAGCAAAACUUAACAGAUUUCCUGAAGCUAAAAUGUUUAUACAGCCUCAUCUUUUCCAAUCUGUGAUUUUAGUUAUAAAUAUCUGAAUUGCAUAUUGUUAACUGCAAAGACUUCUCAUAAUUGCUGAAAGUUCGCAAUGACAAAUACAUAACACAGUAACUUAAUUCAAGGUAAAGAUUGUAGAAAAUCCUGUAUUUGCUUUUUGGGGGUCUUAUUUGGUUGUAAUUUCCCCCUCACCCUCCUGUUAAUUCCUGCAUUAUAGUGAAACUCGUGUGAAAGUAGUACUACAGCAAAAUACUUGAAAAGCAUUUUAGGUAAUCUCAAGGUAGGUUGUGGAUUUACUUAGUCUGUAUUUUUCUUCAACUUUGCCUGUGUAUUUGAAUCAAGGCAAUGGCAUGGAUGGGAAAAAUCCUUGGCAUGUUGAAAAACAAGCACAAAAACCUUACAAAAAGUAAAUAUGGAAUAUUCUCAAUGUCUAAUAUUCAGAAUGUUGAUAAGAGUCAUUUAAAAGUAUGAUGGGAAAAUGUAGUGGGAUUUUAUAAGCUCUUUGCACAGCUUAGUCCUUCAAACAUGUUUCUAAAUAGAGCAGAACAAAACAUUUUUCUACUUUAAUAUGGAGUUCAAAUUUUAUUGUAAUGAAGGUAGAGGUAUGUUAAGAUUGCAUGGAAAUCAGGCUGUGGCUUUACCUGGUACACAUUUGAAAACUACAUAGUAGCUGUUAACCCACGUGAACUUUAUUUCGGGGUGUGUUGGUGAAAGAAGGAAAAGGGAAAGCAAAAUGGCUCUUGAAUUCUUUUCCACUCUAUUUCAAGAUUUAGUUUGUUGUUUUUAAAGGAGUUAUGGAAGGGGAAUGAUAACCUGCUGCCUACCAAUAACAGAACUGUAAAAAAUUCAUAGAUGUAAGUACAGAAAAUGGUGCAUAAACUGUUGCACUUCCUCUUAGGGUAGUUCACAUGACAUUAUUGUCUUGGAACCUAGUGCACUAUGAUACCUUGGACUGUGAUUGCACCUCUGUGUCCCAAGCCACUGAAAGUGCAUGUCUGACCUGCCUGCAUAUGAUCUAGAAGAGCUAACUAAAAUUUGUUGUAGUUCCUGAAUUACUUCAAAUGUAUACUGACUUGUGGAAGAGUAAUAUUAGAGUAAGAAACUGAAAUGAAAGGAGAAUGAAAAAAAAGUGCAAACAGAAUGAUGUGAACCGUAUGCAAUUUCAGGUUUAUGGACUACUGAUGAAGUAAAGCAGCUUGAUGCCUCAUGGAGACCUUGAGAAGCUACUGGAAUAAUUCAAUGUAUUCUAUUAGUGGUUUUUUGUUGUUUCAAUUGCUUGGUCUUCCCCUCACCCCCAGCAUUAUAUGUUUGAUAACAGUGUAUUUGUCUGAAUGAUGCUUCUGCUGGUUUUUUUUUUCCCCACCAACUAGAAAUCAGUCUUGUUCAUGUGAGGCUGCUAUCGUGGCUGUGGAAAUGUUUGUAACACCUGGGAAGAUACACGUGAGAAUGUGUAAGUUACCAUCUCGAUGCUCUAGUUGUUGAAGAGAAUCAGGUCACUUUAAAAUCCAAGAUCCUGUUUACAGCCCCUGCUGACUACCAGCUUUAAACAUUUGAGCUGUAAUUUUCCAGUCUGUCUGUCUCAUGCUCUAUGCACUAUCUUUCUCUGGGAAACUUCUGCAAAAAUUGCCCAUGUAUUUCCUAAAAUUAGAUUAGGGAAGAAAACUUUCCUGUUCCACUGGUGUUUUCAUCCCAUGCUUCUUCAAAACCAAAUCAGUAUCAUCCUCCCCCAGCUAGGACUUUAGACUGUGUUGAUGUAUGUCCCUUGUUGAAUCCCUGCUUGUGAAACCUGAUAAGUUUCUGAAGAAUGCUUUUAUGUUCAGAAAUGUGAAAAUUUGGUAGCUGUAUCUCCAAAGAUGAUCCCUCCAGGACAAUGCAUCAGGCUGUUUCAAUCAUUUGGUAUGUUAGCCCACGUGGCAAUCUUUUUUCUAAUGUGUUGGUUAUUGUCAGACUGGAAUCUUUUCUUGCUGCUUAUAUAAACUGCAGUGUUCACUUUUAGUGUUCUUAGGUGAUUUUUGUGCAAUUUUUGUAUUUGUAAAAACACCUAGGAAAACAUGGUUUACUGUUGUGCACAUCAUUUGAAACACAGGAUGUAUAUCCUGCUUAGCAAAUGAACAACUCUCAUAAACUUUUAAUCUGUGUUGUUUGAAACACAUUUAUUGCACAGCUUCAUCUUGCAGAGUCCUGCAUCAUGCUCUGAGUGUCAUCCUGCUUGAUGUGGAUACAAACAGCAAGGCAGUGUUGCUUGGAAGAAAUUCUCUGUCAUCGUGUCAUCAGUCUGUUGUACAUUUGAGAUGGGGUGAAUUGCGAAAUCAACAGAAUAUUUGGUUCUGGCAUUUUUUUAACUUAUAAUGCUUCAUAAUCUUUACAGUAAUGUAAAUUUUCGUAUAUAAUGUACUGCUUUAUUUUCAUAUUGAUGCUUUUCAAUAUUUUGAUUUUAUUAAUUGGAUAAUGGAUCUGGUAGUCUGAAACCUAAGGUUCUCCUUAGCAAUGGGAUGCUGCCACACUGGAAAGCUGUCUGCGUACUUGUAUUGUGUAGCCAGAUUAAAAAUUAGGAAGAAUUAAAAACUGAUUUAAGAAUAUAUUUUUUUAUUAUUUUAAUACACUCUUGCCUGAAAUGUAUCUUAAAUAGUCUCUUAUUUAGUGCUACAGUUAGCAAAACAUUCUGUGAGCUAAUGAGGCAUGUAGCGCUCAUUAUGCAGGAUCUGCAACAAGCAGCUAUCUGCAACAUACAGAUAUUCUGUAGUAGCUCAUGUGCCACCUUUGAUGCUAAAACCUGCUUAAUCUAAAACUAGGUUAUUAUCCUUCAGAAUAUUCCUGUGUCUUGUUCAGAAAGAUCCUUUACUUCGUGCUGUUGGCAAAAGAUUUCAUUUUGAUUUUUAUCUGGAAGGUCAAAAGGCUGGUUGUUUUUUCAUCCCGCAUUUCUCCUUACAGUGUGUACUUCUCUCUGUGCAUGUAGUCUGUUCCCACUGGAUAGGCUGGAGUCUUGACUGGGAUAUGAUGUGUGUGAGUGCUGGCAUAUGGCCAGAAAUUACACUGAGGAUGGAUCAGGCUGCUCAAAGAUUCUGAGUAUGUUUUUUUUGAAGGGGGGAACAAUACCUCACAGGUGGGAAUGUUUCCAGAUGGUAUUAUAUUCUGAGAUGAGUGGGAAUAAGAUUGAGCUGAGACCUGUGUAGAGUAGAAUUUACAAAGAAAUUCAUGUGCAAUUUGAUGAGUGACAAGGUUUAGAAUCACUUUAAUUUGCUUUCCAGUAAUGAGGAAAUACAUAGAUGUGUAAUAAAACAUCUUGCAUGAUUUGCUGAGGUGCUUUAAAUUCUAGUGGGUAAAAUAUGUCAAUGGAUCUUCUUACCUCUUAAAGAAAACGAUCUCUAGAAUGAAAAAUACAUUCUGUUGGAAGCUGCUUGGUAAUACUGGAAAAUGAGACUAAUAAGGAGUAGCUUCUCCAGCCGCAGAGGGCAUUCAUGUUGUGUUAGCUAUCUGCUUGGAAUUCGGUCAGGGUGGUGGUAACACAUUUACUUGUGGCAGCUCCUGGCCCCACGCUCUCUGCAGGGGCAGAAGGCACUCCCAGGGUCCUGGCAGAGAGGACGAGGCCUGCCUUGUGCAGCUGGGCUCAGGCCAGGGGCUGGGAAGUGGGAGAGACAGCGCAGCCAGCUCCGCUUCUUACAGCACUCCGGGCUUUUGGGAGGCCUGCUGUUUCCAAGUACUGAUUCACUUUGUGAAACUGAAAUGCAGGCAUCUGUGCCAAAAGUCUGUUAGCUGAGGUUUGGCCAGAGGGCUGAAUAACCCCAGGUGUUAUUCAGCAGUGAUCAAUGGAGAUGUGACACUAAAACUAUUUAACCUGCUUAGCUUAAGAAAUCUGUGAAAAGUAGCUCAAAUGAUAUCAUGUUCAUGUACUUGGUCCAUCAAACCUUAUAACUAAACAUUUACACUUGGUAAUCUUAGUGUAGAGUUAGGUCUGUAUGAAAUGUGUAGGUGAUUUAAAAAUUUAUUUUGUGAGCAUUCUUAAUUAAAACUUCUUUCCAGUCAUUUAAUAUUAGUCUGGGGACAUAAGAGUUAAGCUAAUUAUUCUUUUUGUGUUCUUGGAACUUGGAUUUUUGGAGAGUUGGCAAUUUUUGUGCAGAGAUACUAAAUUUGAUUAUUUAUUUUGGAGUUGAGACACACUUUAGAGUAAAAGUAUUUUCAUAUUUUGUUUUGUAUGGUUGUAGAAAUCAUACUUCACACAUAUAAUCUUAAGAGUAGAUGGAAAAGGGAGUAAGACUGCUGAAAUCAUUAGUUUUUACAAUUUUUAACACCAUAUUCUGAUGCUUACAUGUUUUGUUCUUCUCACAAUGAAGCUAAAUUAAAAUCUCUGAGAAAGAGGUCCCUCUAAUAUAGCAUAAUGAAGUCUUUAAAUGGGUACAGUUGUAGGUCAUCGUGAAUAGGAAUGCAGUGACCUUUGUCUUGACAAUGAAGCUGACACAAGCUUCUCAGAGCUGUUCUUUUUUUUAUUAUUUCUCCGCCAGAAAGGACACAAAUAAAACAGAGGAUCCCCCUUCUCCCAUCAGUGAACAAAAUCAAAAGACUAGAAAAUGUGUUGUAACUUGUCAGUUUGCAAAAUCUAGGAAUAACAGUGACUUCUUUCUCAAUAUAGACACUGCUGCUGGAACAAUUCGUGGCAAGGAGUUGGGAAAGGAAGGAAAGUCUACUUGACUGCCCAUAUAACUGCUGAAGGGCCUUCCAGUUUCUUAAGGUACUUUCUAAUCGCCUGUUUUGAUUUUGGGAUACACAGCAGCAAAGCAUUCCAAAUUAUUAUUUGUACCUACUUACAGUUUUGUAUCUAGAAAAGUGACAAGUCUUCCUGUCAUUCAUUUUACACUCACUUUUGCAGCACAGUGCAGGCUUGCAAUGCACUGAGUUGGAAUCUAGCAAGGUCUGAAUUUCUUGGUGAACCAUGUAAGAAAGUGAAGCACAUAAAUGUGGCUGUUUCUAUGGGGAGAUGCCAUUGCUCUCUCCAGCUUCAGCAGAGGCUUGUGAAUUGCAGUGCUCAGCAAUUUUCUUUAACCAUAGACAAUCAUCUGUCAUUCUUAAAUAAUGGCACUACCUGCUACUUCAGGACUUUCUCAAGGCUUCAGCAAUGUUGAUCUGAAUUGUGCUGCCUCUUGUAGAGGAGAGGCCUGUGUAGCAGAGCAAACUCUUAACGUGUGCAGUCAAGGUAACGAAUGGAGAUUUGUUCCUUUUGUAAGAAGUCACAUCUACAGGACUGGUUCUCUAUGAUCAGAUAAUGAUUUUUUUUUAUUUUUAGCCAAGGACUAAAACUGCAUGUUUUUUUUGAAGAGAAGCUUGUUUACUCAAUGAUGAUGAAUUAUACUCCCAUAAGGCCACAGCCUGGGUGAGGACCUGGAACAGGUAUUUUUAUUGGGAAUGUCCCUCUCUGAGAAUAUGCUUCAUCAAAAGGAAAAAAAAGAAAGAAAACAAAAGUUUAGAAUAUGCACAUGUUAUAUCAGAGCUGUGUAAACUGAAAGAGUGACACAGCAGUUGGCAUACAAUAUUAGAAGUUUUUAAAACCUAUUUCAGGAAAACAAUACACUGAUACCCUUUACAUGGAUCUAGUGGACAGUGAGAAGUGAGUUCAAUAGAUUAAAAUAAAAAGCUAUGUGGGACAGUAUGUUAAUGAUUGGCUAGAAAUAUUUAACUUGUUGUUUUCUAUAAAUGAGAAGACUUACUCAUAAAGCUUACCUAAUAAGCUGGAACCUGACCAAUUUGAUACCAGAACUGCAGUGUGCCCUUGUGGAACAAAGGAGUCCAGCAGUGCCACAGGGAUGAAUAAGCACCUGGAUUCUCUUUGAGAGUAGGGGGGGCUGAGAGAGCUGUGAGUGUUCAGUCUGGAGAACACCAGGCUCAGCAGGAGCUCAUCAAUGCCUACAAGUACCUAAGGAGAAAGAAUGAAGAUGAGGGAGCCACACUCUGCAGUACUACUCCCUGACAGGACAAGAGACCUGAUUUCAUCACAGACCUUGGGUUUUAUCAGAAGGUGUUGUUUGGACUAACUCAGUAUUUCUAACUUCAACUUUUCUGGCUUCUAUAAAUGGACUGCUCAAAGGAGUCAAACAUUUAUGGAUAUGGCAAGUAGCUAUGUGGAGCAUAAGGAAACAUAAAGUAAUUAUAAUAAGCUAGCACAUUGCCAGUUUCUUUCCAGCAUGGAAGAGAAGGUUCAGGAGUUACCUACGCAUUGGAAGCGUGGAUGUAUUGUCUUCUAGCAGAAAUCCAGCUGGAUGGGUUGAGUUGUCCCAUUGAUUUAGGUGGAAUACCAGUUCUGCGCUAUAUGAUCAGCACCAUAAGAAAAGGCUGAGUGCAACAAUUUCAGUUUCUUACCCUAGAUUUGAAAACACUUCUCUUGCACCAGAUUAAGGCAUUAGAGAAGAACAAAUUCAAUCCCUGUCCUUUUACAGCGAUGAAGUGACUCCUUACAGACAUCAUUAUCUGGAAUCUAAUAGAAGGGGCCUGAUCCAUCUCUCUGUCAGGAAAGUAGCAUAUUGCAUUAUGAGAAUCAUGAAUAGUAAUCUCACUUCUAUGCACCUCGGGAUGGCUUGCUGGAGUCCACUCAAUUUUACUUCAAAAACCAACCAAAUAUAACUAAGGAAAACAAAACAAGUGUCUGCAGCUGAAACAUGGAGUUGAACUGCUGGUCUGUCUGUGUGCCCAGUCUCCAGGGAGAAAAAGCAGCUGGCAGCUGCUGACACUGAUCCGCUGUGCUGUCGCACGGGGAGCAGUCGGGCUGUGCAGUGUUUGCUUCCAGUGAGUGCCCCUGUUGUCUCCUUGGAGUUGCUGCUCCAUCCUGAGCAAGACAUUACUGAGACAUCAUUGAUGCUGCUCUGCAGGACAUUCUCAGGACUCUGGCACACCAGUGCUCAAUCUUGCACAAGCUGCGAAGGGGUAGGAGAAAGAGGGAAAUUUGCCAUAGUCUACAGUGCAUCUCCAGUAAAUGGCCAACAUUACCCAUGUAUAAACUCAGGAGCCUUCAGAGCAACAGGGAAAUUGCUAAUCGUACUUCAUCUAAGUGAAGUCUGGCUGUAAAUUACGACUAAGCACAAUGAGGAGCCAUGUGUAUGAAAUACAGAAGAAAUGUGUUUCCCAUGAAGACAACAGAGUUAGAAUGGAAAGAAAAUGGAAGAGUUCUGGUGUUCAAGGAUUCAUGUCAGGUGCUCUCUCCAUGAACCUUUACUGGAACAGGGAUUUUAGACUUAAAAAUGUAGUGCAAUGAUGGUUUUGUGGCAACACAGCAAAGUACAUCUGAAUUAGGAUCAGGUCGUUCGUGAGCUACAUGAAAGGCUCAAAAUAUGUAACAAAUAUUUGGAAAAACCUGAAUACAGGACACUUCAUGGUUAUAACUGAAUUUUGAUGUGUUUUACCCAGUUUAACUGAGUGCAUCUAGUUCAUCCCCAAGGAGCAGCCAGCAUAAUAUCUUCAUAUCUUCAUAAGGCCCUUUUAACAACUACCACAACAUUACUUCCCUUUAGGCAGAAACCACUAAAGAAUUGUGCAAAAAAGCUAAUACUGUACUGAAUAGUGAAAUAAUGAUUGCUUGACCUAAUUUGUAUCCUCCUUGAAUCAAAUCCUGUGUUUAUUUGCUGAUGUAAAGACUUCUAGAUUUGGCCCUCAAAUGCCAAUACCUCUUUUGUGCCCGCCACAACUCUGAAGCCUCACUGACUACAACUCACAUCAAAUGGGAAAAAGAUACUUAUUAAUUUCC